AUGACUGCGCAUCUCGAAGACUGCGAGCAACAACUGCACGGAAUCUAUCAUGCCUACCGUGAUUUCGGUUUCGGUACGCGCUACUUCAGUACUUGGGCAUCCGAGACCCUGUUGGAGUACCUGGCGCGUGAUGUAUUGCAUCGUAUGGGCAACGAAAUAGACCGCACCUGUGAAGCGCUCCUCUCUAUAGCAG